AUGGAUUCAAAUCACAUCGGACCUCAGAUUUUCGACGACGCCGACAGCGCCCCCGCCAGAUCCUCGGUCUUCCGUGCAAUAAUGUCAAAACCGCACAAACGAAACCAGUCUGCAGACGAUGCUAUUCCUCCACAAUACAAGAACAGCAAACCAUCCGGCACAAUCCCUUUCCCAUGGGCUGACAAGAACGAUGUGCCCUCGGGCCAUCUUCCCUUGGCAGAGAUAGUGCCGAAUCGCGACGGCCGAGACAACUAUCCGCCGUCGACAAAGUCGGCAACUAAAGAGAAUAAGCGGUCGCUUCACAAGAAAACGAAAAGCGCCGUGUCACUCAAGUCUCUGCGGAAUUAUAUGGAUCGAAAGGACAGUAAGCCACACGACAGUCCGCCCACGGAGCCUGCUGAUUCAGAGCCGAAAAAGACCAAGUCUUCCACCAGUCUAUCGGCCAUCCUCAAGCGGUCUCACCGUGGCCGCAAGACAGAGGCUGCUCAACAGGGCCGGGACAAGGAGAACCGAAGCCCGGUAGAGCUGGUCGACAACAUGCCCUCGCCUGUUUGGCAGCCAGAGCCCGCAGCAUAUGGAGCCGCGAGGAGCGAGGAGCGACACAAUUCUGGCGGCGCUGACAAACGUCGCAGUGUCGCCGAUGAAGUCUCUCUUUACACGCCCAAACCGUAUAACCCAGCUCAACAGCGUAACUUUUGUGACUAUCAGCAACCGUCUCUCACCAGGCAGGGCAAUCCAAAGCCACGUCCGGAAUCAGGUGUUUAUUCCGGCAACCAACAAGUCAAGGAUGACCGGGGGCCGCAGCGAAUGCCUUCGGGUGGCAGCGAUGCCAGUAAUGGACGAGACAAUGCGUCACUGAAGAGUCAGGGAUUUGACAAAAUUCAAAAGAUGUCAGUCUCGGCAUCACCAGCAAUCCCCCCAAAGGAACAGACAAACACUAAGAGACUCUCCCGGGUACAAGCCGCGAUUUCGGUGUUUAAUGGCAAGGAACGCGAUGGCGAUGUUCCGAAGCAUUUCAGUUCCAAGGACUUGGAAAGCGAGUUCGAGAAGCUUUUGGAUGCACGCAACAUCCCCCACAAUAUGCGAGACAAAAUGCGGUCCUUGGACACCAACAUCAAGGCGGACUUCAUUCAGAAAGACCGCACCGACCACGGCACUCCUCUGAGUGCUGGUGCAUCUGACAGUCGACGCGGAAGAGGCAAAGAAGAUAAAGAUACUCAAGACCGAAAGGGCUCGCGGUCCCGCUCUCGGAGCCGUGGCUUUACAUUUGGCCGAGGUUCCUCAUCACCAGGUAAGAAGGCCCGGCCAGAAAGCGGAUCUUCUCAUCGACCAAGAUCUGUGGACCUCUCACAGCCCGUGGGGGUCUACACCACGCUUGGUGGAGCUGUUUCUACCGCUUCGCUGGCCGACGCGGCUGUGGUCGACACGGCUGCUGAUCCUUCCGACUUCGUACAUUAUUUGAGGGAAAUCCAGAAGCCGGAGAUGGUCGAGGUUGGCAAGCUGCACAAGCUGCGGCUUCUUUUGCGGAACGAAACCGUUAGCUGGGUGAAUGGGUUUAUCGCAGAGGGAGGUAUGGACGAGAUUGUCCAGUUGAUCUACCGAAUCAUGAAGAUGGAGUGGAGGGAGGACCAUGAGGAUACUCUCUUGCACGAGGCACUGCUGUGUCUCAAGGCCCUCUGCACCACUUCUAUUGCACUAGCCCACUUGGAGCGCAUUGAGAGCGAGCUGUUUCCUGCUUUGCUCAAGAUGCUAUUCGACGAUGAAAAGAAGGGUCCUAGCGAAUUCACUACACGGGGUAUCAUCAUCAACCUACUCUUGACCCAACUCGCUGCUCCUCAUCCACAUGAAACCUCGUCUCAGCGGGCGAAGAGGAUUCUUGCCUACCUUCGGGAUCCAUCCCCCGAAGAUGAGAGCCAGCCUGUCUCAUUCAUCGCGAACAUUUAUCAAGCUCGCCCAUACCGAAUAUGGUGCAAAGAAGUCACCAAUGUGACGAAGGAAGUUUUCUGGAUUUUCCUUCAUCACCUCAAUGUGAUUCCUCUUCCCAAAGCAACUUCUUCAUCGGACGAUCCGCAUACGGAGACGAAGAGCUCGCGCGAUGAUCGUUCCUAUCAAGAGCGUCACUUCCCCAGCCCUCGUCCACCAGUGCCUGCUGCGCCUUACGUGGGAGGUGUCGAGUGGGAUGCCACAAAUUAUCUUGCUGCCCAUCUAGAUCUCCUCAAUGGCUUGAUUGCUUAUUUGCCCACGAGAGAAGAUCGGAACCAGCUUCGCUCUGAGCUUCGAGCCUCGGGAUUCGAAAAGGUCAUGGGAGGCAGUUUGCGCACGUGCAAGGAAAAGUUCUAUUCUGCCGUUCACGAAUGUCUUCGUACUUGGGUUGCAGCCGCCUUGGAAGAUGGCUGGCCAUACCUGGUAGUACGAGAAGGCCCACCUCGUACGGAACCUUCAUCGCCAGCCAAAUCACCUAAGAAGGCUGCACCGGGGAGCCCAAAGAAAGGUCUUCUUGACGACAAACCACCACAGCUGAAUUUGAAUCUGGCACUUGACUUUUCCGACUCCCGCAUCUCUCAGCCCCUGGGCCCAUUAACGCCAUCCAGUGAGCUUGCACGUUGGCUCUGA